AUGGAGGGAGACCCUUUCAUGGAAACAAAGGCUGCCUGUGAAAGCUGGCAGCUGAGGAAGGGCGUCAGCGAUGUGGGGGAGGAGGUGGACUACGACGAGGAGCUGUACGUGGCCAGCAACGUGGUCAUCUGGAGCAAGGGCAGCAGGAGCCAAGCGUCCGCCGUGUACAAGGCGUUCACCGUCGACAGCCCCGUCCUGCAGGCCCUGUGGUGCGACUUCACCGUCCCCCAGGAAAAAUCCGAAAAGGCUGAUGUUUCGGGUAGUGAGGAAACAGUAGAGAAGUGUAUCUGCAUUUUGCAGAAUUCCUGUAUAAACGUGCACAGCAUGGAGGGGAAGGAUUACAUUGCAGCUUUGCCUUUCCAGGUUGCAAACGUCUGGCCAACAAAAUAUGGUUUGUUAUUUGAGCGCAGCAGUUCUUCCCACGAGGUGCCUCCAAGCCCACCCAGGGAGCCUUUGCCCACGAUGUUCAGCAUGCUGCACCCCUUGGAUGAGAUCACUCCUCUUGUCUGGAAGUCUGGAGGUGUGUUUGGAUCUUCCAGGGUGCAGUACGUGGCUGACCACACCCUGAGGAUCGUGUUCCUCAGCUCUGACCCUUCCAUUGUGAUGACCUACGACACUGUGCAGAGCUUACACACGGUCUGGGCUCUCCGGAGGGUGAAGCCAGAGGAGCAGAGCAUGGUGCUGAAGUUCCCGGAGCAGGUGGGCACUCCCCAGCACACGGCCACCAACAGCUCCCUGACCGCCCACCUCCGAAGCUUCUCCAAAGGAGACUCCCCUGGGGGCUCCCCUUUCCAGAACUACUCGUCCAUCCACAGCCAGAGCAGAUCCGGGUCCUCUCCCAGCCUGCAGUCCCGCUCCCCAACCAUCUCCAACAUGGCUGCCUUGAGCCGCUCCCAUUCCCCAGCCCUGGGAGUCCAUUCCUUCUCGGGAGUGCAGAGGUUCAACUUUUCCAGCAGUGCCCAGUCCCCGAAGAGGCACAGCCUCCCCCACUCCCCAAACAGCGCUUCCAACGACUCCUUCCUCGUGCCAGAAACAGAGCCCAUCGUUCCCGAGCUGUGCAUCGACCACCUGUGGACAGAGACUGUCACAAACAUGAGAGAGAAGAAUUCCCAAGCAUCCAAAGUGUUUAUUUCCACUGACCUUUGUGGGCAGAAGUUCUUGUGCUUUUUAGUGGAAUCCCAGCUCCAGCUGCGGUGUGUAAAAUUCCAAGAGAGCAAUGAUAAGUCGCAGCUGAUCUUUGGGUCUGUUACCAACAUUCCAGCAAAGGACGCGGCUCCGGUGCAGGGCAUCGACACACUCCUGGUCCUGGAAGGCAGUGGGAAUCUGGUGCUUUAUUCUGGAGUGGUUCGGGUGGGGAAGGUGUUUAUUCCCGGGCUUCCUGCUCCGUCCCUGACGAUGUCCAACCAAAUGCCUCGGCCAAGCACUCCCUUGGACAGUGUCAGUACUCCAUCCAAGCCUUUGAAUAAGCACCUGGGGCCCCUGGAAGAGGGUGUGCUUUUGUCACCAGUUCCAGAGCUAAGGGAUUCUUCCAAACUUCACGACUCGCCCUACGUCGAGGACUGUACUUUCCAGCAGCUUGGGACUUUCAUUCAGGCUCUCAGAGAUCCUGUCCACAACAGAGUAACUCUAGAGCUCAGCAAUAACACCAUGGUCCGGAUCACUAUCCCCGAAAUUGCCACUUCGGAAUUAGUGAGGAGGUGCCUGCAGGGGCUCAAAGCCAUCCUGCCCAAGGAGACAGCUGUGCAGGUGCUGGUCAAGUGGUACAACGCCUACAACGCCCCGGGAGGGCCCAGCUACCACUCCGAGUGGAACCUGUUUGUCACGUGCCUCAUGAACAUGAUGGGAUACAACACGGAGAGGCUCUCCUGGACACGGAAUCUCGAUUUUGAAGGAUCACUUUCCCCAGUCAUUGCUCCAAAGAAGGCAAGGCCCUCAGAAACAGGGUCAGAUGAGGACUGGGAAUAUCUCUUGAGCUCUGACUACCAUAGGAAUUUCGAGUCUCAUCCCGUUGCCAAAGCUUUGCGACUGGACCCCCUGGAAGUUUCCCCUUCCAAGGAUGACUUUCCCCAGAGCCUUAGUUUGGACUCCUCCACCCUCCUUUUCAGCCACAUUCCUGCCAUUUUCUUUGUCCUGCACCUCAUCUACGAGGAGCUGAAGCUGAACAGCCUGAUGGGAGAAGGGCUCCGCUCCCUCGUGGUUCUCCUGGUCCAGCUGGCCAGGGAUUUAAAACUGGAAGCUUACAUAGAUUAUUACUACAGAGAUUACCCAGCCCUGGUCAAAACCUCCAGACAGACCUGCAUCAUUGACCAAGUCCAAACAGGUUUCAUGCUCCAUCCCUCCUUUUUCUCUGCUGAGCCUCCAAGUAUCUUCCAGUGGCUGAGUUCCUGCCUGAAGGGAGAAGGAGUUCAGCCUUAUCCCUAUUUACCUGGGAUCUGUGAACGGAGCAAACUGGUGGUGCUGAGCGUGGCUCUCUAUAUCCUUGGGGAUGAGAGCGCCGUGGCAAACGAAGCCUCCCAUUACUUGUACAAGAUCACAUCAGGCCAACGGAAGCAGCAGAUGGAACAGGAUGACAAUCGGUGCAGUUUCAAGCACAGCUCAUCCGUUUCCAGCCUGGCUGAAAAGUUAGUUCUUUGGAUGACAAGUGUCGGUUUCACAUUGAGAGACCUGGAAUCUCUUCCCUUUGGAGUGGCCCUUCCCAUCAGGGAUGCCAUCUACCACUGCCGGGAGCAGCCGGCCUCGGACUGGCCGGAAGCUGUUUGUCUCCUCAUCGGGCGCCAGGAUUUGUCCAAACAGGCCUGUGAAGGGAACCUGCAGAAGGGAAAAUCCUCCAUGGGCUCGGUGCUGUCCUCGGACAUCCCCUCCGCGGCCGAGUCGGAGGAGGACGAGGACGGCAUGAACGACAUGAACGAGGAGGUGAUGUCCCUGAUCUGGAGCGAGGAUCUGAGGGUGCAGGAGGUGAGGAGGCUCCUCCAGACCGCCCGGCCCGUGCGGGUCAACGUGGUGCAGAUGCCGGAAGCGAGCGACCACGAGUACAUAGAGGAGAAGGAAAACCGGUUGUUACAGCUGUGCCAGCGAACCAUGGCACUCCCAGUGGGGCGAGGAAUGUUCACCUUGUUCUCCUACCACCCCGUUCCAACGGAGCAGUUGCCCAUCCCGAAGCUGAACCUCACCGGCCGUGCCCCUCCCAGGAACACCACCGUGGAUCUGAACAGUGGGAAUAUCGAUGUGCCUCCCAACAUGGCUUGCUGGGCCAGCUUCCACAACGGGGUGGCCGCCGGCCUGAAGAUCGCUCCCGCUUCCCAGAUAGACUCCGCCUGGAUCGUCUACAACAAGCCCAAAAUUGCAGAGCUGGCCAACGAAUACGCAGGAUUCCUCAUGGCCCUGGGCCUCAAUGGGCACCUCACCAAACUGGCCACGCUCAACAUCCACGACUACUUGACAAAGGGCCACGAGAUGACCAGCAUCGGGCUGCUGCUCGGCGUGUCCGCCGCCAAGCUGGGCACCAUGGACAUGGCCAUCACCCGCCUGCUGAGCAUCCACAUCCCCGCCCUGCUGCCCCCCACCUCCACCGAGCUGGACGUGCCCCACAACGUGCAGGUGGCCGCUGUCAUCGGGAUAGGCCUGGUCUACCAGGGCACGGCCCACAGGCACACGGCCGAGGUGCUGCUGGCAGAGAUAGGGCGUCCCCCCGGGCCAGAGAUGGAAUAUUGCACCGACAGGGAGUCCUAUUCCCUGGCAUCUGGGCUGGCCCUGGGCAUGGUGUGCCUCGGGCACGGCAGUAACCUGAUAGGGAUGUCAGACCUCAACGUUCCCGAGCAGCUCUACCAGUACAUGGUCGGGGGCCACCGGCGAUUCCAGGCGGGAAUGCACCGGGAGAAGCACAAGUCUCCCAGUUACCAAAUCAAGGAAGGCGACACCAUCAACGUGGACGUGACGUGUCCCGGUGCCACCCUGGCGCUUGCCAUGAUCUACCUGAAGACCAACAACAGAUCCAUCGCGGACUGGCUCAAAGCCCCGGACACCAUGUACCUGUUGGACUUUGUAAAGCCAGAAUUCCUUUUGCUGAGGACCUUGGCUCGGUGCCUGAUUUUGUGGGAUGACAUCCUGCCCAACUCCAAGUGGGUCAACAGCAACGUGCCUCAAAUCAUAAGGGAGAACAUUAUCUCCCUUCACGCCACGGAGCUGCCUUCCUCCGAAGACCUGAGCUUGGAAACGCUGGCGCAAGCCCACGUCUACAUCAUCGCCGGAGCCUGUUUAUCCCUGGGAUUUCGCUUCGCCGGCUCGGAAAACCUGGCAGCAUUUCAGUGCUUGUACAAAUACGCCACAGAUUUCCUGAAGUGUUUGUCGGCUCCGACAGCAUCCAUAACAGGUCACUAUAACCUGGAGACGUGCCUGAGUGUCCUGCUCCUGGCUCUGGCCAUGGUCAUGGCCGGCUCCGGGAACCUCCAGGUCCUUCAGCUGUGCCGUUUCAUGCACAAGAAGACGGGGGGAGAGAUGAACUACGGUUUCCACCUGGCUCAUCACAUGGCUCUGGGGCUCCUCUUCCUGGGAGGAGGAAGAUACUCACUGAGCACUUCAAACUCUUCAAUUGCUGCUCUCCUUUGUGCCCUGUACCCUCACUUCCCUGUCCACAGCACGGACAACCGGUACCACCUCCAGGCCCUGCGUCACCUGUACGUGCUGGCGGCAGAGCCGAGGCUCCUCACUCCCGUGGACGUGGAUUCCAACACUCCUUGCUAUGCCCUCAUAGAGGUGACCUACAAGGGCACCCAGUGGUAUGCGGAGGCCACCGAGGAGCUGAUGGCACCCACGCUUCUUCCAGAGCUUCACUUACUGAAACAGAUCAGAGUGAAGGGACCACGGUACUGGGAAUUAUUAAUAGAUUUGAGCAAGGGAACCAAUCACCUCCAGUCGAUCCUCUCCAAGGGUGGCAUCCUGUACGUGAAGCUCAGGGCUGGGCAGCUCUCCUACAAGGAGGAUCCCAUGGGAUGGCGCAGCCUCCUGGCACAGACCGUCACCCACCGCAACUCCGAAGCCCGGGCCUUCAAGCCAGAAGCCAUCUCUGCUUUCACUUCUGACCCCGCUCUCUUCUCCUUCGCCGACUAUUUCUGCAAACCAACUGUGGACAUGGGCCAGAAACAGGAAAUCCUGGACCUUUUCUCUUCCAUCCUUUACGAGUGCGUCACCCAGGAGAACCCCGAGAUGCUGCCCACGUACAUCGCCAUAGAUCAGGCCGUGAGGAGGUUGGAAAGGGGGGAGAUGUCGGAGACGUUCGAGCUGUGGCAGAUCAAGCUGGUGCUGGAGUUCUUCAGCUCCCGGAGCCACCAGGAGAGGAUGAGCAGGAACCCCAACCGAGGGCUCUUCAUGAACUCGGAGUUCCUGCCCGUGAUGAAGUGCACUAUAGACAACACUCUGGAUCAGUGGCUGCAAGCUGGAGGGGAUGUGUCCCUGCAUUCCUACCUGAGCGGGCAGCCCCCAGAGGAAUCCCAGCUGAGCAUGCUGGCCUGCUUCCUGAUCUACCACUCUGUGCCCACACCAGCCCAGCUGGCAGCUGGAGGCUUGGAAGGGAGCGGGAGCUUCUCGGAGCUGCUGUUGAAGUUCAGGCGGCUGCACAUCCCGGUGCGGGCGCUGCUCCGGCUCGCGCCGCUGCUCCUCGGGAACCCCCAGGCCAUGGUGCUGUAGGACCACCCCAAACCCGCUUUAUUUUGUACCUUCUCAACCACCAAACUCACCCCCAGCCGUGGCGACGGACAGGAGUUAUUUAUAAAUUGUUACCACGAGUGGAAAAAAAAAAAAAAAAUUAUAAAAGUGAGGUCAUAAUAAAUUUACUUUUGUAACGAAGGGUUGUUUACAAA